AUGGUUCCGAGAGAGGAGAUCGCCUAUGUGACCUGUACCUACCGGUCAAUGUGCAUCGACCAGCCUGACUUCCUGGCCACCAUUGAUCUCGACCCCAGAUCUCCAUGUUAUGGCCAGGUGAUCCACCGCCUGCCCAUGCCCAACCUCAAAGACGAGCUGCAUUCCUCGGGCUGGAGCGCUGGCUGUACCUGCUUUGACAAUAUCACAGUGAAAAGGAGCAAGCUGAUUCUUCCCUGUUUGAUUUCUUCCCGCAUUUACGUGGUGGAUGUGGUUUCACAGUGCCGGGCUCCCAGGCUGUGUAAGAUGAUUGAGCCCGUGGAAGUCUUCUGGAAGUGCAACAAGGGAUACCUCGGUGUGGUUCACAGCCUGCCUAAUGGUGACAUACUGAUUUCCAACAUGGGAGACCCAGCUGGCAAUGGAAAAGGUGGCUUUAUUGUGCUGGAUGGAGAGACCUUUGAGCUGAAGGGGAACUGGGAAAACGUGUGUGAGGUCCCCCCCACGGGGUACGACUUCUGGUACCAGCCAUGCCACAACGUUCUGGUCAGCUCUGCCGGCUUAGUCCCAAAAUGUGCGGGGUAUGGAUUUGAUCCGGACGACUUUGGGAAAGGGAUCUUUGGGCGCCGACUGAAUGUGGGGACCUUGCCCUGCCACACUCUCAUCCAGUGCUUUGACCUGGGCGAGGACUCUCUGCCCCUCUGCGUUAAAUUCCUCCACGACCCCAAUGCUGCUGAGGGAUACGUCUGCUGUGCCCUGAGCGGCAUCGUCUACCGCUUCUACAAGUGCGAGGCAAGUGUUGUGCCAGCGGGCAGGGGAGACCCGGCCGUGGUGAGCUACGGGGGGUGGAGAAAGGUGCAGAAAUAA